CUGCGUUGAUUGGCACUCAGCCAGUAGUCAGCCGUCAGGUAUCGUGAGAAGGUUUCGCAGAAUAUCCUGGAAAGUUGUUUCGGUUUUGAUUUCUUCAUUAAAGCCGUCGUCGUCGUCGCUCACCAUGAAUAAGCUGUUCGUCGUACUGUUGGCCGGCCUGGUCGGGGCGAUCAUGGCCGCUCCCUCGCAGCGCAAUACUGAGUCGGAUAUCGUCAGCCAGUGCUUGAACGAAAUCCUCGACUCGCUGGAAAGUGAAAACGUCGAAGAGCUGGCCGACGUGCUGGCCGAUGCCCGCCUUACGAUCCAGUACCUCGCCGAACGUCACCGCCGCUGCCAGGAGCUGCCCCGCGAUGACCCCCCGACCCGGCUGCAGGAGAUCGCCAUUUCUUCGUGUGAGAACGCGUGGCGUCUCAACGUGGCCAUCGAGCUGGCUCGUCUGACGGCCGCCGUCAGCUCCCACGUGGAAAAUGGGCGUGAUCUGGCGGCGCAGUUCUCCGAGUGCUCGGGCAUUGAGCUGCCGACGCCGCCACCACCGGCGGAGGAGGAGUAAUUUUGGGAGUUUUGGAAAUAAAAUUAGU